GAUGUAAAGAGCAUCAGGGUUUUCUGCAAAGUGAGGGAGGUGGUGUCUGUCAGAUCAGGCAGACUGGUGUUGCAUCAGAAAAUCCCUGCUGUUUCUGAAAUUUGUGCAGGAACAAGGUGGAUACCAGAGAUGUCUGCUGAGAAGGGUUUUUCAUUGAUUAGGCAAUUGACUGUUGAGAAUUCAGAGGGUGUUGUCUGUUAUAAAGAGUCAGUGCUGCAUUGGUUUGCUUUUGAGCUUGGAGCUGUUAGUCUCAAGGCAUGGAGCUGGACUGCAGGAUCUUCUCCUAUCUUUAGAAGGCAGGGAGCUGGGGGAAUGCUUGGAGCUGGAUUAUAG